AUAAUUGUAUUUAAAAGUUUUAACGGAAAAUACUUAUCUAGUGUUCAAAAUAAAAGAAUUAGAAGUGAGUUAUAGUGUAUUGUAAAGUAUAAUCCUAUGGAUUUUCUUGUGUAAAUGUGUUAAGUUCUAUUCAAACCAUGAACGGUAAUUCUGAAUCCACAUCAAAUAGCAUCAAAUUUGCGCCGAUGCCCAUGUCGGCGUUACUCGCUAAUUUGAUGCCUUUACAACAAAAUUCGGAUAGUCCUGACUCUAGUUUCACAACAGACGAGAGUGAUGUAUCCUCGAACGAAGUUUCAAUGAAAACGCCUCCUAGAAAUAAAACAAACAUGUCGUCGACUCCACAGUACAAAAUUACAAACGAUUUUCAAAGUAAUGCUUCCGAGAAGAAAAAUAUUGUUAAUAAUCAUAACAAAGAGAAUGCUGACGAAUUUAAGCACUUAAACCAUUAUUAUACUAAGGACAGUAUUUUACCUAGUGGUCAGAAAUUGACUAAAACAUCUUCGGUUUAUCCAAAUUCUGAAUCAAAAAAACGGAAUGUACUCAUGCAACACAAUAGUAACAUAAAGGUGCCACAGGCACAAGGUAAACUUAAUUCAGCUCAUAAAAAGACUCCAGAUAUAAAAGUGCCAAAUAGUUGUCAGAAAACGAAAACAGCGACACCUAAAAUUAAAUCUGGAAUCAGAAAAUUCACACCUGGUUCUUCAAAACACAGUCACAAGAUAACACCUCAGCAGACGGUAAUUCAGAACAGAGAUAAAGUGCGAUGUGAAUUGUUUAGACAUAAUCAGCAGAAGGAUGAACAAUUACCACCACCACCCAGAGAACCCGCACCAGCUCCAAUACUUGUGCCAGUACCUGAAACACCAAUUAAUAGAAAACCAAUGCCAGCUUCUUAUGCAGCAACACCAUCUUACCCACAGGGCAUAGUGGGAAACAACUCAAAGAUUUUGUUCAAAACAACUUCUAUUAAAGAUAAAAAAUAUAUGUUCAUUAAGAAACUGGGUACUGGGGGAUCUAGUGAAGUUUAUAAGGUAUUAGAAGUAGGAACAUCCUCUGAGUUUGCAGUGAAGUGUGUGUAUCUGGCCACAGACCAGGACCUGGCUCAGGGCUACAUCAAUGAAGUGAGGCUGUUACGAGAACUACAAAAUUCUGAUCGAGUUAUUCGUCUAUAUGACUAUGAAUAUGACCGUCAGAAUCAAUUCCUCCGCAUGGUGCUAGAGGUGGGCGAGACAGACCUGUCGUCGUUUCUGCGCGCGCGAGGCGCUGGCUUGCCUCCCGCACUUGUGCUACAUUACUGGGAAGAGAUGCUACAUGCUGUUCAUUACAUACAUGAGCAUGGAGUAAUCCAUGCGGAUCUGAAACCAGCAAACUUUCUAUUAGUCUGUGGGCGGCUGAAGCUGAUCGACUUCGGCAUAGCGUCGGCCAUUAGCGGCGACGCUACUAGUGUGGUGCGCGCGCAGGCUGCAGGCACCUAUUCCUAUAUAAGCCCCGAGGCCCUAAUGGGUGGCGCUGGCGGUUACGGCGGCAGUGCAAAUAUCAAAAUAUCUUUCCGCUCUGAUGUUUGGUCAUUGGGAUGCAUUUUAUACAGCAUGGUCUAUGGUCGGACGCCAUUUGGUCACAUCCCCAACUUAGCCAAAUUGGCUGCUAUUCUUGAUCCCAACCACCGGAUUGACUAUCCAGCUGCUGAUCAUCUACCUUUAUCGCUGAUCACAACGUUAAAAUGGUGUCUCACAUACAACGCUCGUUCGAGGCCGUCGGUGAGGGAGCUGCUCGCCGUAAAGCACUUGCAGCCGCCGCGCGCCCCGCUUCCACAAUCAUUAGUAGAUAAACUGAAGCCAUAUGUGUCUGCUGAUGAGUUUCGACUUUUGCAACAGGCACAAUUAUAAACUUUAUCAAAGAAUACUUGUGUCAAAGAAGCUUGUGACUUUAAAACAACUGACAUACUUAUGGUUCGUUAUAAAAUAAAUCAAUAAUGUACAUAGAUGUUAGAAGCUAGCAUGGUACUAGCGAAGGUGUGUAUAAUAGUAACUGUAUAUUUUUUGUAAAUAUAACGUAAAGAAUAUUUACUGAUGUCUGUCGCGUAGCAUUUCUCUGAUAUCUUAAAUGGUCUUUAAUUACAGUUUUCUAGUUAUUUAAAUUUAUAGUCAUGUAGUUGUAUUCAAUAAAUUAUAAUUAUAUGAGCAAUAAGUAUUGACUCUAAAUAAUAAGACUUGUAUAUCAAUUAGAACAUUAACAAGUUCUAGUAAAUAACUGCAAACGAUAUAGUGUAUAUGUACAUAGUUAAAAUAAGAAACUUGUAUUUAUUUUGUGGGGAUUAAAUAUAUUUAUUAGAAUUUUUAUGUGAAUACAAAAAAUAAAUAAAGUCUUAGUGUUAUGUGUACCUUGACAAAACGUACAGUAAAUAAUUAAAUUGAACCUUACAAUAUUAUACUUAGCUUGCAUAACUAUGUGAUCAAAUGCAGUUAUAACCAUUGAUUAAUAAUAAAUGCUAGAAAAUCACUAAAAA